UGUGUGCACGCCUGUGUCAGCAAGGGAGCACCUUCGGUAGCUGAAUUUACUAAUUUCAUAUUACAAGCGGAGUCAACAAACUUUAGGACAAGUAGUGUAGACAGAGAGACUGAGAGAGCGAGAGAUGAAUGAGUUAAACAUGAGACGUGAAGUGAAUUGAUGAAUAGCAAAUAGCCUUCCCAUGCAACGCUCUGGGAUCCGGUUCAGUUUUUGCACCGUGCCUAGAGGGCGGGCUCGCGGGGCGCUAAUGCAGCCAGUUCAGGCAGAAGCAGGAGUGCAGCGCUGCUGCCCGCUUCAGCUUCAGCUCCAGCCGCGGAAAACUUUGUGCAAACUCCAAAAGAGGCCAUCAAAUGGGACACCUUAAAUGACGUGAAGCAGUGUUUGUUGUGCAAGGUGAGUUCAUUAUGGAGGAAGAAUCUGCUCAGCUGGAUUUGAGUCACCUGACUGAGGUGGAACAAACCAUGAUUUUAAACGUGUUGCUGAGGGAUGCUGAGUUACGCCAACGAGAGGAGGGUCGGAUCAGCAAGCUACAGCAAGUGGAGUCAGACCCUGUGCGUCUGCGCUCCCUCAGUGGUUCGUGGUUUAAUGAAGAGUGUGCCAAGCGCUAUCAAAACAGAGGGGCCGAUAUCGUCCAUGCCUCCAUACGACGCAAAAAGCGGGGCAAAGAUAUGCUUGCGAUGUCAGUGUUUGAGGAUCAGAAAGAACAGAAUUUGACUGAGAAGCAGGAAGAAAGCACAGAAGAGAACACAGCUGAUCUGAAAGAUACAGAAAAAACAGAAGAUGAAGCAGAAAGGGAAACAGGCGAAGAAAAAAGAGACAGCGUGGCCCCUGAACCACGGCCCAGGACGAAACACGUCCCCAAGAAUGCAGAGAACACAGAAGGUAGUUCAGGAUUUGAAGGAAGUGUUGAAGGUUCAGAGGUUGUAGAUGGAGUACUGCAGAACACAUUGCCGUCGCUGCAGGUGGACUCAGAGGGUGAUAUCGACUCUGGCAGCACUGAACUGGACGACACUAGAUUCGGCUCAGUUAACAGCUUGCACUCCAAUCACAUGAUGAGUGGAAGCCUGAUGAGUCUGUACAGUGUGGGGGAUUUUGGAGGUGUUACCGUGACUGGGAGGAUUCAGUUCUCUCUUUAUUAUGACCCAAAAAGGGAGGAACUUCAUGUCCAUGUGUGUCGAUGUCAGGAUUUGGCUCCAGCGCGCAACAACCGCUCUGACCCGUAUGUGAAAGUGUACCUUCUCCCAGACAACACAUCUCGCAGUAAAAGGAAGACUUCAGUAAAGAGGAAAACCCUAAAUCCUGUGUACGAUGAAACACUUAAAUAUAAAGUGCGCAAUUCGGAGCUGCAGGCACGUGUGCUGAGCGUGUCUGUGUGGCAUUUGGAGCGUGUGAGGAGGAACCUGUUCCUGGGGGAGGUGGAGGUGGGGCUUGCUCAGUGGGACUGGGGGCGGAAUCAACCUACCUGGUAUCCCCUCCAGCCCAGGGUACAAAUCAAUCCUGAUGCUAUCAUCAGCAGAGGAACCGUCUUAUUUUCACUGAAAUUUGUACCUGCCGGCUCUGAAGGAGGAGGGUAUCCUCUGACUGGUGAGCUACAUAUUUGGCUGAGGGAGGUCAUUGGACUCCUUCCUCCAAAGCGUGGCGUUCCUAACACCUAUGUGAAAAGUGUAGUUUUGCCAGAUGAGACCAGCGUUAGCGGUCAGCAGACACGGGUGGUCCGUGGCUCAGUCAGUCCUGUGUUCAACCACACGAUGGUGUAUGACGGCCUUCAGCCCAGUGACCUCACACAGACAUGCACAGAGAUCACUGUGUGGAACUCCUCCAACUGCCUGGGAGGAGUGCGCCUCAGCAUAGGCUCAGGUGUGAGUUACGGUCAGACGGUUUGUUGGAUGGACUCCACUGAAGAGGAGAUAAGCGUGUGGAAUACAGUCAUUGGAAACCUAAACAGCUGGGUGGACGCUGUGCUGCCCAUCAGAACCAACCUCCAGCUGUGCUCAGAGUAAUCUGCCUCCGCAAGGCAGCUUCGUCCAUGAAAUCGAACAGUCCUGCAAUUUCUCUUACAUUUCCAGUGUAGUUCUUCUAAAAAGGGUUAAACAUUUAUUGGGACAGUCUAGUAGUCACUAAAGCAUAUUUGUGAAAGAAUUUUCAAUUAACAUGGUUUAGGGAUUAAGGCUAGUCUUCAUAUGUGACUGGAGAACUGGCCCUUAAUUGGUCCCUUGUGUUUGAGAUCUAACCAGAAACAGAGCAGAUAUGGUUAUAAGUUUAAGGUCAUUUAAGGUCAAGACCUGUUCACCACUGAAACAGUGAUUUUGGCUUCUGUAGUCCUCUUGGUCAAAAGAACUUCAAACAAAACUUUAGCCUAAUCAUAAAUCAGUGCCACACAAAAGGCCAGACUAAGCCCAGAACUAAAAAGCAUUUCCAAUGCAAGUUUCUUAUUAAUAGUAAAAUUUAGAACUCACUUAGACUAAAAGCAAAUACAUUAAAGAUAACAAAAACCUUAAUACUGAAUUAAAUUUCACUGGUGGAAAUACAUUUUUAAUUUUAAAUAACAUCCAGUUGUCAGAAUAUAUGAAGACCAGCCUGGAGCUUUCAGUAAUUAUGAACCUCACAAAUCUUAGUUUUAUAGCAUGAGAUGAAAAACUUGGACUUCACUGAACAGCAUCAAGUCUUAACAGCAAUUAAAUACAAAUGUGCUCUAACAAGCUCUAUGUUCUCUUUUUAAAUGACGCAGCCUAAAGCACAAUACUGGAGAGGUUUGGUUACUGUUUUAUGUCUGUCUGUGUCUUGGUGUUACAGGGAAGUAUUCUUAAAAUGAUAAAAUGUAAUUGAAAAUAUUGCACAAUGUCUCUAGAACAUGAGUAAUAUGAUCUUUUGUCACAGUUUGUUACAUUUCUACUUUGUUAAAUGCUUUUGUAUAAGUAGCUUUAGACAUUAUUGUCCGUUAAAUUGUAUAGAUGAUCACCAUACAUCUUAACACUGCUUCACCCCCUUUAGCUCCUCUUUGGGCACCACAGGUGUGCCUGGAUUCAGGUUCAAGUCAUCAGGUUGAAGACAUUCCUGUCCAUGUCUGGGAUUCUUCGAGCAAGCACAGCAUUCUGAUUGAUGGGCUUGCUCUCUAAGCCAUUGCUAUAUGAAAUGGAAGUCAGUCAGGUAUCUGCAGGGUUAAAUGUUCUCCUACAAGUGGACUUUCAGAAAGAUGUGGUUGCUCAUAUGCUGGACUGGUGGUGCUGUUGUGCAAUAAUGGAAAGAUCUUCCUUUUUAUGCUCCACUUACUUUGGCCAGUGGCUAAAUAAGGUAUAGGGGAUAAAAACUUCUUAAAAAUUCCUGCUGAAAAAAACACAGAAAGCAUUAAGUGUUUUUGUUGGUUCCUGGUGGUUUUGUAACGUGCUUUUCAUGAUGCUUUGAUCACACAAUAUAAAGUAUUCUAAUGGUUUAACAGGUGUUUUGGGACUGAUACCAGAUGCACUUACCGGUUUUCUAGUGGGCUUUGAAGGUGUCCUAUGGGAAACUAGCGGUCUCUGAGGGUAACCAUUAAGCAAAUUUCCAUUAGGAAGCACAACUAUUAGGUUUUCAGCAGGGACGCUAAAAAAGAAAUAGUUGUUCUUAUUAUAAUAACAGACUCAACACUUUUGUAACUGGCAAAGUAGUUCAUGAAAUAAAUAGAGUUUUGAUCAUGUGUAAUCAGUGUCUUUUGUAUUGAUCUGACAACUCGCUUUGUGUUGAUUCUCAUCAGUUAUGUUACUUUUUGGGUCAUCUUUUAUUUAAGUGAAAGUUGCAGUAGUAGAGAAUGAUUUUUGUCUGGGUCUCAGGUCACAUUUGAGAAACCCUAUGAAAUGUAUCUGAUUUUCAUAAUUAAAAAUAAGGAGAGUGUUCAUUGGCUGAGCUUAAGUUUUCAUGAUGAGGAGUCAUAUUUGAUUUAUUCAUUGACAAGGUCAGUGGUGGU